AGUGCCUUCUGUCAUAUCUCAAGAGUUUCAGAAGGCUUGGAAGCCACAGAGGAAGGUGAAUGUACUAUGCCUGUGAGCUAUAUAAUAUGUACAAAGUACCAUCUUCUUACUAGUAUCAAGUUAGGACUUCUUGCUACUAGUCCUGCUUUGAUGGUGAUGCAGUUCUAAAAGAAAUCCUAAGAACAAUCCAGCAAAAAUGGGUGAGGUAAAUAAAGAUGCCGUUGAAAAAUACUUGGAGAACAACCCCCAGUUUGCAAAGGAAUAUUUCAACCGAAAAAUGAGGGCAGAAGUGCUGGGAAGUAUCUUUAAAGUCAGCCCUGGAGAUGUGAAGGAAGGAGUCAGCUUCAAAGACAUGUCCCGUCUGGAGGAGUGUAACAUACUUUUUGAGCUGCUAACAGAAAUCCAGGAUGAAGAAGGCACUAUGGAAAAGAUAGUGCACAAGGCCUUGCAGAGGCUGGCACAACUGCUGGCAGCUGAUCGGUGUAGUAUGUUUAUUUGUCGUUCCCGAAAUGGUAUUCCAGAGGUGGCCACCAGGCUUCUCAAUGUCACUCCAACUUCCAGCUUGGAGGAGAAUUUGGUGAAUCCAGACAAUGAGACUGUUUUUCCUCUGGACAUCGGGAUAGCGGGAUGGGUUGCUCAUACCAAGAAGUUUUUUAAUGUACCUGAUGUGAAAAAGAACAACCAUUUUUCUGACUUUCUGGACAAACAAACUGGUUAUACAACAAUUAAUAUGCUGGCAACCCCAAUUAUGCAGGGUAAAGAGGUGCUUGCUGUUGUGAUGGCACUCAACAAAUUAAAUGCCACUGAGUUCUCAAAAGAGGAUGAAGAGGUCUUCAAAAAAUACCUCAAUUUUAUAUCUUUGGUCCUAAGAAAACAUCAUAUGACAUAUCUCUACAAUAUUGAAUCCCGAAGAAGUCAGAUGCUUUUGUGGUCUGCCAACAAAGUAUUUGAAGAGCUAACAGAUAUAGAACGGCAGUUUCACAAAGCACUGUAUACUAUACGAAUGUAUUUGAAUUGCGAAAGAUACUCUGUUGGUCUGCUGGACAUGACUAAAGAGAAGGAGUUCUAUGAUGAAUGGCCAAUCCGGCUGGGGGAGGCAGAGCCUUACAAAGGCCCCAAGACACCUGAUGGACGAGAAGUCAACUUUUAUAAGAUUAUUGACUAUAUUUUACAUGGAAAAGAAGAAAUCAAAGUCAUUCCGUCACCUCCAGCAGAUCACUGGUGUCUCGUCAGUGGAUUGCCAACAUAUGUUGCUGAAAAUGGAUUUAUUUGUAACAUGAUGAAUGCACCAGCAGAUGAAUAUUUCACAUUUCAGAAAGGACCAGUGGAUGAGACCGGAUGGGUUAUCAAAAAUGUCCUGUCAUUGCCUAUUGUCAACAAAAAAGAAGAAAUUGUGGGAGUUGCAACAUUUUACAAUAGGAAAGAUGGAAAACCUUUUGACGAAUAUGAUGAACAGAUCAUUGAGACUCUCACGCAGUUCCUGGGGUGGUCUGUUUUAAAUACUGACACUUAUGACAAAAUGAACAAGCUUGAAAACAGGAAGGACAUUGCUCAGGAAAUGCUUAUGUACCAGACAAAGGCCACCCCUUCUGAAGUUGAAUCUAUACUGAAAUACAAGGAGAAACUAAAUGUAAAUAAUCUAGAAGAAUGUGAUCAAAAGGAUCUUAUCAGGAUUUUGAAAGAAGAAUUACCUGAUCCAAAAGAUUUAGAACUGUAUGAAUUCCGCUUCAGUGACUUUCCCGUUACAGAGCAUGGCCUGAUAACUUGUGGAAUACGACUGUUCUUUGAGAUAAAUGUUGUUGAAAAGUUCAAAGUCCCAGCUGAGGUCCUUACAAGAUGGAUGUACACCGUCAGGAAGGGUUAUCGAGAUAUCACUUACCAUAACUGGCGACAUGGAUUCAAUGUGGGACAAACAAUGUUUACUCUGCUGAUGACAGGCAAAAUAAAGAAAUACUAUACUGAUCUAGAAGCCUUUGCCAUGGUUGCUGCUGCUUUCUGCCAUGAUAUUGAUCACAGAGGGACCAAUAACUUGUAUCAGAUGAAGUCAGCUGCUCCGCUGGCAAAACUUCACGGCUCUUCCAUUUUAGAAAGGCAUCACCUAGAGUACAGUAAAACCCUACUGCAAGAUGAGAGUUUAAACAUCUUCCAGAACCUAAAUAAGCGGCAGUUUGAAACUGUUCUACACUUAUUUGAAGUUGCAAUAAUAGCAACUGACUUGGCUUUGUAUUUCAAGAAAAGAACUAUGUUUCAAAAGAUUGUGGAUGCAAUUGAAAAAAUGGAAACAGAAGAGGAGGCCAUUAAAUAUGUAUCUAUUGACCCAACCAAAAAAGAAGUCAUCAUGGCUAUGAUGAUGACUGGAUGUGACCUGUCUGCUAUAACCAAGCCUUGGGAAGUGCAAAGUAAGGUUGCCCUCAUGGUUGCAAACGAAUUCUGGGAGCAAGGUGACCUGGAACGAACUGUGCUACAGCAACAACCAAUUCCAAUGAUGGACAGAAACAAAGGAGAUGAACUACCUAAGCUCCAAGUUGGUUUCAUAGAUUUCGUGUGUACAUUUGUGUACAAGGAAUUCUCGAGGUUUCACAAGGAAAUUACACCUAUGUUUGAUGGUCUUCAAAACAACAGGGUUGAAUGGAAAACACGAGCUGAUGAAUAUGAAGAGAAGAUGAAAGUUAUUGAGGAACAAAAGAAAAAGGAAGAAGAAGCAGCUGCCAAAAAAGCUGAAAAUGCAGCUGGAGGUGGUGGUGGAAGUGGAGAGGAUGGAAAAUCCAAAACAUGUAUAAUUUUGUAGUUCUUUGUCUCAGACACUGCUUCUGCUACAGAAAAGACAUCUAGAAAGUACUUCAAUGAGCCCCAGUGGAUUUCUGCUUCGCAUAGAACAGUAUAGAACAAUCUCUUAACAAUCCUCUUAAACACUUGCCAUUUGUUGGAAAUAAUUUUUAAUGGAGUAAACAAACAGUUACAACUAAAACUUGGAAAAUUAAAUGAAAAAAUAAUGGUGCAAAAUGAGUUAACUGUGUACUCUAGAUAUUUUUUCAUGUCACUCAAUUUAUAUACAGUAUUUUUAUUAAAAUAUGUAACUUCUGCACGCUAUCCAGAAAAAAAUAUAAUUAAUUUUGACAGAUCUUAUAUGAAAUUACUGAAUGAAAUCUAAUAUGUACAAUUCAAACAGAAAACUGCGAUUUUCGUAACUUGUAUAUUUAGAUUUUUAUAUUAUGUGUAUUUCCUUAAUCUGGAAUUGUCCUUUUCCUUCCUUCUCAAUACUAUAUAAAGUUCUAGAGUAAACAUCUUCUUCACUUUAGGAAUGAAUGCUCAACACAAUUCCCUGGCUCAUAUCUAUUAAAAGCAGGUCCACGGUACACAGUGUUUUUUCAAAACUACCAAGGAUAAAUCUGUAAAUUGUAGCCAUAGCUCAGAGAAACCACUCUUUUGCCCAUGUGCAAAUGGCUCUGCCCACAGUUCCUAAACUGACCACCUUUUAUUGUAAAAAUCUAAAAAGGUAGACUGUAAACAUCAUACUUCGCAUACAAGUAAGAGUUUACUAAGAUACUUAUACCAGUUUAUCUACAGCAGGAUCUACAUUCAAAGGCAUUUUAAAAGGCUCAUGUACUCCCAAUGCACCUUUUUAAAAAUGCAGUAAUUGAAAGUAUUUGAAAACCAAUGAACUGGCACCAAUUUAAUCUUGGGAGGGAGAGGACAACAGCACUACAGCACAUCGGAAUUCACGUUACCUCCCUUUCUACAACCAAGACGACAGACUUCACACAAAUUAACUCUCCAUAAACAAUGAUCUCCCUUCCAAAACCUUCUGUUCUUGAAGAAUGACAGAGUCCACUCCCUACCUUCUACUCAAGUCUCACGAAGCCAGCUCCUCCUGCAGAUGAAGGAAGGAAAAUGGCUAGUAUAUUAUGCAUGGAUCUGAGUAUUCACUGGAACCAGUUCCAAAUCUAAGAGGAGAUGGAUGUCAAAUGCAAUUCCUGCAACAAACAAGUUUGACAUGCAGACUCAAUCCUGCCACUUUUCUUCUCCCUUUAAAGAAAGCAGACCCAUACUUUUUUUUUCUCUGAAGGGCCCUCAGCAUCCACAGAGAAAGGAGAAUGAUUGAAUGACUUACCAUAUUAUAUACCUUUCUAAGAACGCUCUAUGAACAUAGAUACCGAGUACAACUAUCACCCAAAAUUAAAGGGAUCCACAAAAAAAAUCCCACUUACUACAUCCUUAUUUAUAAAUGGGCCAAAUACUUCAUGCAGACUUAGUUAUGACAUAAAACUGGGUAUCAUGUAUUAUUUUCUGUAUUAAAUGCAGAUACUAAAGAAAGCUAUUUCAAGGUUGUUUAAUAAUGUAAUUUUAUUCAAACUGUAUUAAAUUAUGUAUUUAAU